AUGCAGAUGCUAGAAUCUAGAGUGCCUAAUCUAGGAGCUGAUCCACCCCUUAUAUAUGAGACGUCAAUACCGCUCGCGGACGUCUCGUCGCCGCGGUUCAUCCCAGGCCGCGGACUCGGCCGCGUAUUAGCAACACGCGGGCGUCCGCCGCGGACUUUGUAUGCGGAGGGGCGCGCCGCGCGGCACGGCAUCCAUCAGCUUGUCGGCAAAUCGGCCCGCGUGCCCAUCACG